AUGGCCAUGUCUAUGCUUGGGGCGUCAACAGCCACGGCCAGUGUGGCACGGGACCACGCCAUGGUUAGUCACAUGGCUGCCGGAGCACAGCACUCCCUGGCCAUCAUAGAUGGGGUGGUGUUCGCAUGGGGCAACGGCCGCAAUGGCCGCUUGGGCACAUCUCAAAGCGACGACUGUCGUGCCCCUGUGGACAUCGAGAUCACGCAUGAGCACCGAAUGGCCAUCGUUGCCGGUGGUGAAGCCCAUAGUGGCGCCAUCGACAAGCGAGGCCGUGUCUACAUGUGGGGUGCCGGCGACUCCGGCAGGCUUGGAUUCCCAGAGAGUCUGGAUGUCUUCGAACCCAAGCUCGUCUGGUCCUUCGAUACGACCGGCGUGACCAUCAAGACAUUGGCUUUGGGAGGCUUCCAUUCCCUUUUCCUGGAGGCCAGCCCGCGGUUCGGAAGUUUGUACAGCUGCGGCAGCGGUGCCGCAGUCGGCCACUUGGUGGAGGGCGAGCGGCGCUGCAUUUCUGUGCCGGUGGCACUGCAGCUCCCGAGCAAGGUGCUGCAGAUAGCAGCUGGCAUGUUUCACAGCAUGGCUUUGCUGGAGAAAGGGCUGGUCUACUCUUGGGGUGUCGGGGCCCACGGCCGCCUGGGCCACGGCAACGAGACGACCCUGUGGGCGCCUAAGGCGCUGCCGAUGCCAACGGAUGCAGAAGUCCAGAAGGACCAGAUCGUCUUCAUCCCUCACGACGUGCUCGAAGACACGGACUCGAGCAAGGAUGCUCGCAUUGAUGACGCGAAGCUGGCCUAUGUGGUGGCUGAGCUCAGCUGCGGCUCCACGCACGCCUUCGCUCGCACCCACGGCGGCUUCCUCUAUGGUUGGGGCUGCGACUCUACGGGACAGCUCGGCUUCGCAGGAGAGGAGGGUCAGAUCUACUACUGGGUGCCGAAGCACCUGGACAUCGGACGAGUCAUCAAGCAGGUAUGCUGCGGACACGAGUUCACCCUGGCAGUGACCAUGUCAGAGGAGCUGUCAUCGUGA